CGAGCUUUCUAAAAUGAUUUAAUGAUAUAAUGAUGUUAUGAGUUUAUCAAAUAAAUCGAGAUAAAUGAUAUUUGAGAACUGUUUGACUUGCCAAUUUUUGAUGUUGAGCUUGUGUGUUACCCUCUACUGAUGAGACGAAUUCGGUCCUGCCACAAGCGGGAUUUUGUGCACAGAGGUGACUGUGAGCCGUCUUCGGGUCGGCCGGUCACGGUACUUGAGAGGGAGGCCUACUUCUCAGUACCUUUGAUGAUGAGUAGUGGAUGUGGUACAUACAUGAUGAAUGUUUAAACUGCGCAGUUACUUAUUUAUGAUGUUGAUUAUAAAAACUGCAUGCACAGAUUCAUUGAUACUAACUUAUUUCUGUGUAUUGCUGUGAUGUGGCAAGCUUCAGACUUAUAGCUCUAAGAGCACCUUUCUUGUUUUUCGGCGUUUGCCCACUGAGUAUUAUAUACUCACGCCCUGCAUGUAUUUCUAAAUGUGCAGGCUAAGCGAGGAGUGAGAUUGGUCUGGUGCUGGUGGGGGAUCGUUAGAUGACGUAUUUGCUUUAUCGUAUUUCCUUUUUAUCGAUAAAGUCUUGAUGUGAAGUUACUUUGAAUAUGAAUCAAGUAAUAUACUCACGGUUGUGUGUCUCCAUACAUGUAACCGGUUCGCCUUUUGCUGCGACACUCUGCAUAUUAUGUUUCCUUAUGAAAAAUAAGCUAUACCUGUUUUGUUUUUGUUCGUGAAAUUCCUGAUAAUUAAAAAGUUACAACGACGUUGACGAUUUUACCCUUGGGUUCAAUUAAUAAUAUUUUCCUUAGCAUGCUUUGAUGUGAGCUUCCGCUUGAUGUUCGACCUACUCUUCUAUUCCUUUAUUCUUUAAAAAUAGUCGUAUCGAUACUCGUACCCCACUAUCACUAGUGUCGGGAUUUCGGGCUGCGACAGGGUGGUAUCAGAGCAGGUCAUCUGCUCUGAGUCUAUUGCUUGACUGAGUUGAACCUUUGAUUACUGGUAUCUUUUUAACUUGAGUACUAGUCUAAUUUGAAUUCUUAGGCUAGUUUGAGAGAGUCAGUUUGAAACGAAACCCCAGCACCCCAUCUCCUCCGGCUUAACGAGGUAAGAGGUUGAUGUUGUUUCUUAUUGCUUUUCUGUUAAAAGCUGAGUUUGGGUUACUAAUGAGUUAUGAAUUGUUUUGAUGACGGAAUUAUUUGAGAUGAUGGAAUCUGAUAUGAGGCAGUUGAUGUGGAAUAUGAGGAGGAAUGUUGAGGCUAGUAUAGCCGAUGCCCCACCGUACCAAACGAGGACGAGAUGCCGAGUCAUAUCGAGACAGCGAUGCAGCGAUGGUUCAGGGAGUAUAUCCCGGACGAGGAUGACACCUUGGGUGAACUUCUGGCACACUAUCACCGACGAUGGAGGAGGGCUAUUCCCUAUGGGAUCGAUGGCGCGGAGGCCAUUACGCUUUUGAUUCCACUACUGCCACCUUUGUGGCGAGACUGGGCGACAUCUUUAGUGCCCCAGUACGUAGAUACUACCUGGUUGGAGGGCAUCAGGUACGGAGACCUUAGUGGCUUCAUCGCGACGCUGAGCCACCGUUAUUUUGCUCAUGGCGAUCCGCCUUCACCGCCGUAUGGAGAGCUUGAGGGACCAGCCCAGGGAAGGGAGCUAGUUGUUGUGCCUCCACCUCUCGAGGAGCCGUUUCUGAUGGCACCUCUACCCCCAGCUGAUCCGAUUUCAGUUUCUCUCGAGUCUGAUGAUCCAGAGCCGAUGGUUUUCGAGCCGUACUCACCUGGGAUUGAGCGUGAUCCGUUUGCGUUUGUAUCACUUAUUCCUUCUCCCAGUGCUGAUUUCCCGCCUUGGGAUUUGACACCGGCGACGACACCGUUGCCAUUGCCACCUGUUGAGUCGACACAGCCGAUUGUUUCUACUGAGUCUGAGACGCAGCAUGUUCCUUCCGAUCCAUAUCCGAGGGUUGCCCCGCUGCCUGAGCUUGGCACUUUGGCCUUCCAGACGUACAUGCACCCGAUUCUAUAUUCACCGUACCGAGACGCUCAGGAGGGAGGAUCUCGGCCGGCACGCUCCGAUAGUGAUGAGGAGGACCCCGAGGAGGAGACUCCAGAGAUGACGGUCGGCUAUGGUUGGACUCAGCCACUGCAGCGUCAGACUACUGCCGAUGGAGUUGAUACGUGGAUACCUAUUCCUGAGACACCUGUCUAUACUCCGAUAGUGGAUGAGUCAGAUUAUGACAGCCCGUAUUGAUUGAGGCGACGAGCUGGAUCUCGAGAGAUGAUGCCUAGUGAUUACGUAUGUCUUGUAGACGCGUAUAUAUGUAUAGGUGCAUAGUUGUUAUAUAUAUAUAUAGGUAGAGAAGCAUAGUAUAGUGUGUAUGUGUG